UGGUGGUGUAUCUGUUCAUUAUCUGUUCAUUGGUGGAGUAAUUGUUAAAUAACAUUAAUGUAAAUUUAUCUGAAAGUAACUAAAAAGACAAUUGUGUUUUUCAUUUUUUUUACCAACAAUCCAAACCCUGCCUCUCAUCUCAUUCUUUCGCUUGUGAAAGAUACCUUUUCUCUUGGUUUUGCAUUGAAGGAUGAGUAACGUCACUGAGAAAUUGGGGAUCAAGAUUGAAACAAACCCUUCUGAAGAAAAACUCACUCAACUUGGUGUUAGGCAAUGGUCCAAAUGGGGUUGUCCUCCAAGCAAAUUUCUCUCCACUUUUGAUUCGAAAGAGACUUGCUAUCUCCUAGAAGGAAAAGUUAAGGUAACACCAAGUGGAGCAAAUGAGUCAGUUGAAUUGGGUGCUGGUGAUUUGGUUGUGUUUCCUAAAGGCAUGACUUGUACUUUUGAUGUUUCUGUUGCUGUCAACAAGCACUUUAUCUUUGAAUAACUCCUAAAUGCCGCAACAAAUGAAGUGGAUGACUUUCAUGAACUUAUUUGGCAUUAAGGUUUUUAGUGAAUUAAGAACUUUGAAGUGGUUAGCUUUUGUUGUUAAAAGUGUCUAUCUUGCUCUUUUUUUUCUUAAAUUAUGCUAUUCAAUUUAGACAUCGCAUGUAUCACAAAUUAAUAGUCAAGUUGAUGUUCA